GACAUCAUCCAAUCAGCGUAGACCUCAGAAGUGCCGGAGUGAAAUGUAUGUAAGACUGGAGAAAAAAAUGAGAUAAGCGCAAAAGAGUGAAAACAACUGUCAUAACUACUAGUUGUGGGACAAGGGACAGGAUCAUUUGCUAUCUAGGCUUCUUUGGUUGCCAUGGAAGCGGAGGGCUUUGGAGAGCUCCUGCAGCAGGCAGAGCAGCUUGCAGCGGAGACUGAGGCCGUGUCUGAGCUUCCCCAUGUUGAGAGGAACCUUCAGGAGAUCCAGCAGGCUGGAGAGAGGCUACGCUCCCGCACCCUAACUCGAACAUCACAAGACGCUGCUGACGUAAAAGCCUCCAUCCUCCUGGGUUCCAGAGGCCUGGACAUCUUCCACAUCUCCCAGCGUCUGGAGAGCCUGAGUGCUGCCACCACCUUUGAACCUCUGGAGCCAGUGAAGGACACUGACAUCCAGGGCUUUCUGAAGAAUGAGAGGGACAAUGCGCUGCUCUCUGCCAUCGAGGAGUCGCGUCGCAGGACGUUCCUCCUGGCAGAGGAGUAUCACCGUGAGUCCAUGCUGGUUCAGUGGGAGCAGGUGAAGCAGAGAGUACUGCACACCUUGCUGGGAGCAGGGGAGGAUGCUCUGGACUUCAGCCAAGACGUAGAGCCCAGCAUUGUGAGUGACGCAGGAGUUCCUGGACGGAGUGCUCUUGACAGCGUGGAGGUGGCCUAUGGACGACAGAUCUACGUUUUUAAUGAGAAGAUAGUGAAUGGACAUGUCCAGCCCAACCUGGGAGACCUCUGUGCCUCAGUGGCAGACAGCCUGGAUGACAAGAAUGUGUCAGACAUGUGGUUAAUGGUGAAGCAGAUGACAGACGUGCUGCUGGUCCCAGCCAAAGACACGCUGAAGAGCCGCACAGCCGUGGACAUGCAGAUGGCGUUUGUUACGCAGGCCCUGCAGUUCCUGCAGAACAGCUACAAGAACUACACCAUGGUGACGGUGUUUGGGAACCUUCACCAGGCCCAGCUGGGAGGAGUCCCUGGCACCUAUCAGCUGGUGCGCAGCUUCCUCAACAUCAAACUGCCAGGGCCUCUGCCAGGCAUGCAGGAUGGCGAGGUGGAGGGUCACCCAGUCUGGGCUCUGAUCUACUAUUGCCUGCGCUGUGGGGACCUGGGGGCUGCCAUGCAGGUGGUGAACCGGGCUCAGCACCAGCUGGGAGACUUCAAGACCUGGUUCCAGGAGUACAUGAACAGCCCUGACAGACGCCUGGCCCCCGCCACAGAGAACAAGCUGCGUCUCCACUACCGCAGAGUGCUGAGGAACUGCGCUGACCCCUACAAGAGGGCCGUCUACUGCCUUAUCGGGAAGUGUGACAUCGCAGACAACCAUGGAGAGGUGGCCGACAAGACCGAGGACUACCUGUGGCUUAAGCUCAACCAGGUGUGCUUCGAUGACGACGGCAGCAGUGCUCCUCAGGACAGACUGACAUUGGCCCAGCUACAGAAACAGCUUCUAGAGGACUACGGAGAGUCCCACUUCUCGGCCAGCCAGCAGCCGUUUCUGUACUUCCAGGUGCUGUUCCUCACAGCCCAGUUUGAGGCUGCUGUGGCCUUCCUGUUCCGGGUGGAGCGUCUACGUAGUCAUGCUGUUCACGUGGCUCUGGUUCUCUACGAACUGCGGCUGCUACUCAAGUCAUCAGGACAGAGCGCACAACUGUUGAGUCAGGAGGCUGGGGACCCGCCUAUGGUGCGACGGCUCAACUUCAUCCGUCUCCUCAUGCUCUACACGCGCAAGUUUGAGUCCACAGACCCCCGGGAGGCUCUACAGUACUUCUACUUCCUACGGAAUGAAAAAAACAGCCAAGGAGAGAACAUGUUCAUGUGCUGUGUUAGCGAGCUGGUGAUUGAGAGUCGAGAGUUUGACAUGCUUCUAGGAAGACUGGAAAAAGAUGGCAGCAGAAAGCCUGGAGUGAUUGAUAAAUUUGCCGGAGACACUCGAGCCAUUAUCACAAAAGUGGCUCUGGAGGCUGAGAACAAGGGCCUGUUUGAGGAAGCUAUCAGACUGUAUGAGCUGUCCAAGAAUCCAGACAAGGUCUUAGAGCUGAUGAACAGGCUGCUGAGUCCUGUUAUCGCCCAUGUCAGCGCUGCCCAGUCCAACAAGGAGAGACUGAAGAACACUGCUGUUGCCAUCGCUGAGCGGUACCGGACCCAGGGUGUUGCUGGAGAGAAGUCUGUGGACAGCACUUUCUACCUGCUGCUGGACCUCAUGACCUUCUUUGAUGAGUACCAUGCUGGAAACAUAGACCGGGCCUACGAUGUGAUGGAGAGACUGAAGCUGGUCCCUCUGAGUCAGGACAGUGUGGAGGAAAGGGUCGCUGCAUUCCGCAAUUUCAGUGAUGAGGUCAGGCAUAAUCUGUCGGAGGUGCUCCUGGCCACCAUGAAUAUCCUGUUCACGCAGUACAAGCGCCUGAAGGGGGCCACAGCAGGAACCCCUGGUCGACCACAUAGAUCCAUGGAGGACAGAGACUCGCAACUGCGCAGCCAAGCCCGUGCACUGAUCACGUUUGCUGGGAUUAUCCCGUACCGCAUGGCAGGCGACACCAAUGCCCGGCUGGUGCAGAUGGAGGUCCUGAUGAACUGACCCCAAAAUACCUCCAAGCGCCAGCUAUACCCACCCUUCUCAUCAACUGUCAGAUUAUUUUUUGCUUCGUCCCUAUUUUAUGUUUCUUUGUCCUUUUUUGUUGCUCCAUAUUUGUAUUUUUUCAUAAGUUUAAAUAAAAUGUCAGUUAAAUUUAAUUUCUUACGCAUUCAUUUCAUUAUAAACCGAUCUUUUGAUUCAUUUGCAUUUAAUAUUUCAGUUUUCUUAUUGUUCAUUUAUUAUUAUGCAUCAUGGUCAUCUAUAAAAUGAUUAGUGGUAUGAGUACUACCUGGAUUUAAAGAAAACUGAAGGAAGUACUGUUAGAUUAAUUUGGAAUUAAUGAUUUUUGGAAUUAUUAUUUUAUGGUACAAGGAAGAUUUUGAGAUUUUGGCAAUUAAGCCCUUUUUCUAUUUACCCAGAGUCAGGUGAACUCAUGGAACUAAAACUGCACACAGAGACAUACAAAUGGUAUUCAAGAGUUCAUCUGACUCUGGGUAAGUAGAAAAAAAAGGGUUUAAUUGCCAGAAUCUCGAACUAUCCCUCAGACAUGGCCUGCCUAUAGUCAAAGAAGCAACAGGGAAUUGGGAAUCAUAUUGAACUAGCCAUAAUCCAGUGGUCCAGGAAGAACUAAAUCUUGCAAAGAAGAUGUGUGUUCUACUUUGAAAUCUACCUCCACAUUCGAUAAAAAUGUCAUUUGGAGAAAUCAUUGAUUUAUAAAGGUAGCAUGUCAAACUGAAACCGGCAGCUGAUAAGAUUUUGUGGAUGCUAGAACGACAAUUCAACAUCAACUGUGUACUCUGUAAAUUGGUGGAGCUGCACACCCACACAUAUACAAAAUUGUAUCCCUGUUGGUGGCUAUCUAUAAGGAAUUACAUGAUGAUGAUGAUAUGUCUUUCUUUGCUACUAGUUAUACUGGAUUGAUUUGCUUGAAAGGUCAAUGUUUCUUUAGAUAACAUCUCACCUUUUUAUGACUACAAUAAUAUCAGCAGCUGAACAAAUACUACUCUGAGUAGGUGAGAGGAACUGAAUUGAAAGUACAUUGUGAUGGGCCUUAUCAUGUAUGACACUGCUGCACUUAUUGGCAGAUGGUAAGAAGGGAAGGAAAUUCCCUGAGAGAACACAGAUGGGAGUCUUUGCUUGGCUGCACUAGAUUGUCAAGAAGCCUUUCCUCUCAAACUGAUCCCAUUGUCACCACAGGAGACUUGUCUUCAUUAUGGAGGGAACCAAAUUGACUGUGCAUGCUCUUUUACUGCAGUUUUUUAACUUCAAUCACAGCCCUUAUGAGUUCUGGAGACAAUGCUCUUGCUAUGCACCACAUCACAUCUGCUCUGGUGAAGAUCAGUCUGGAGCUCUCUGUGGAGAAGACAUGGACCGGGAGCUCCCUGUCUGCCAAGGUGGAUCCACUCUCAGGUGUGUGUGCUGCAGCUGGUGUUGUGAAUCAGGCCGAUGCCACACACCCGCUAUAACCCGGCUAUUUCACAACACCAGGGUGGCACUGCACCACUGCCAACGAGACGCCAAGGGCAAGCAACAGAAGAAGCUUUGAGGAGCCAAAGAGUUCCUACGGUUCACCUGAUUAAAUGUCUGCUGUGAUUUGCAAUUCAAUGACGUGUAAAAGCAUUUGAUUAAACUUUUUUCAUGA